AUGCAAGAUGAGCAGACUUACCUGGCAGCAAAAUUCAAGGCAUACGAAGCCAAUAACCCUCUCCUCGCCCACCAAAUCCUUCGUCAUGCCGAAAGGCGUGGACGUGCCUUUGAAAUGCAUCGUGAUCGUCUCCAGAAGCUGCAGAAGUUUCCCGGCUUCAUCCCCACCGCGUUGACACCAGGCCAGGCCGUUCAGACAGUUGAGGAGCGCUGCCAGGGUAGCAUAGUAGUGGGACAGGACCCUGAGCUACCAACGCCAGUCUCUGGAGCUCAUGGACAGGUUGAUCUAGGCACUGAGUCUGAGGAAGAGGAGGAGAAGGAAGAGUCUGAUGAUGAGCUGCUGAGCAGCACUCUGGAGGCUGUACUUGCUCUCACAGACUGA